CGAAAAAUUUCAAAUUUUGAAGAACUAUGUAAGGCAACUAUGAUAAUAACAAAUAGUAUUGGAUUACAAGUUAGAGAGUUAGAUAUAUGCAAUUAAUUUUAUAAAAGCAAUUUAUAUAACUACAUGGAUUAUGAGAAAAAAGCAUUAGAUCGUGAGAUAAGUAUGAGUGGAACUCGAGUUCUCAGGACGGCGCAACAUAUCGUCGCGAUAACGAGCUCAUAUAAUUAAUUUCAAUCCCAUCGAUACACUCGAUACUAGUCCACACAACGCUGCUACACACGUCCUCACCCACGUGCACAUCGUAAAGACAUUCAUGUGCACCUUAUAUAAGCUACGCGACAACUUGAUCGGUUUGCAUUGUUGUCGGAGCGAACUGCAUCGUCUCGCGAGUGACUUGCGUGAAUUAUGGCACUAACAAUGUCAUCUCAAUUCGUAAUACGGGGAAUCGGAUGCACUUGGACCAUGCUGCUUGUGUUAUCCGUGCAGGCGAUCGACUAUGAAGUUCAUAGACACGAUAUAACACCAACGAAACUGAACAGCAACAUUAUCUUAACGAACCGUGAUCUUCUCGAGCAAUUGAGUCUUGUCGCGCCAAAAGCGAAUUACACAUUGCAAGAAGGCACGGAGCGCUUGCUGUAUUUUGGUGCACUUCUGCGAGCGCAAAUCCUUGACACCUUUGGCAGUCUCCUGUACAUCUAUUACGAUGACUUCAGCAUAAAGGAAGUGGAGGCGUUACACAAGGUCUAUCAAGAGAUCUUCGAGCGAAGAUACAAUAUAUUCAACCUGAUCCCCGCCAUUCUGAGGAAUCCGGACACAAGACCGUCAAAGAUCUGCGCUACAAUUUACACCUAUGCAGAGCCCUGCCUGAAAAGUAGCGCCAGCAUAUGUCGUACGAUCAGGAAGCAUGAUCUUCCGCAUCCUGACAAUCUCACCACGCCCGCUUUGAAUGUUACGUAUUUAGCGUAUCAUUUGUCCAAGAUAUCGAGGCAAUACUUCAGAGGAUUUUCCUUAGCGACAUUAUUAAAGCUCCUACAGAGGGAAGUGCUGACGAUCACGCCUGAUCUGUUAUCCGGACUUCUUUAUAACGUGAGAUACGAUAAUAUUGAUGAUGACGUUCGUCUCGCCGAGAGGGAGCUUGUACAAUCUUUUCGCAAAAUCGCACAGACUACUAAAAUUCCGAUAUCGUUGCCGACAACAGAGCUAAAGAAAUUUCGCACUGUGAAUUCCUUCCUCAAGUAUUAUAUCGGUACAUACGCUGAAAGAUCUCCGGACGAUGAUUUGAAGAGACACGCGUUUCUUAUCAGGAAACGUAUCGUCGACGACAUCGGUACGAUCAAUGAGAAUAUUCAUCUACUUGGUAACGUCUAUGAGAACCGAACAAUUCACAUCAAGUAUCUCUUUGAUCUUGUAUUGCCUGACGACUUACUCGACAACGAUGUCAUUGAGGCUAAGAGAUACCUGGUGAAGAAAUUAAAUGAAUUUGACGUGGUAGAGAAAUAUCUCAAGGUGCAAAGGUAUCAACAGGCGACACCGGCUCAGCUGGCGAUGGAGAUCACUGGACAGCUGAAGGAUAUCGAUUUCGCCAAGAGCAUUGCGAUAUCUUUACGAAUGCAUGCGAGAUUCUGGCACAGCAAUCGCAGGAUGGAGAGUCUCGAUGAGCUGCUAGAACUGUUUGACGCCUACGAAAAUCUACGUCAAGUGCCGUACUACGACGACAUGAUGCAAAAGAUUGACAGCAUUAGAAAAAAUCUGUGGGAUAUGAAAGACAUUCCCGUUGAGAUUCUUUGCAACGCUCCACGAGCUUGUCUGCGAAUAGGUCUGCAAUCGCUUUUAAAUUGCAAAUAUGUGAAUUCUGAAAUCAAAGAGCUUAUUAAAGAUUUCUUUAAAUUGAGCGAUAUGUGCGUGAUUCCUCUGUCUGUGACACAAGAGACAUCGAGACGUUCAGUGGAUAUUCCCUUCAAAAUAUUCAAAAAGCGUUUUUCUAUGCAGCUAGCAAACAUAAGCGCCAUGGUGAUGAAAAAAGAUAAAAUUAAACUGACGACAAUUAGCGAAGCUACAACUCGACCUAAUAUAAUUGAAGACUUUGACGAGAGUGAAAGUACAGAAAGUUCUGAAUCUGAAGAAACUGCGGAGUCCGAUGAAAUAUCUAACGAAUCUACGGAAUCCACUGAGGUUUUAAUAGAGUCCGAAACAUCGUCGGAAGAGAGUACGGAAUUUAUAAACACGACCACAACGACUACGCUAAGAACAAUUGAAUUUGUUGAGCCUAUUUUGACAAUGACGAUAAUGGAUAAAAUAUCAACGAUUCAAGAAGAGACAACUGCGGCCGCAACGAGUCCCACAGCUGUAACAACUAUAGCAUCACCUAGGACAACUACAGCAUCACCUCCGACAACCACAGUAUCAUCUACGACAACAACAGUAUCACCUACGACAACUACAGUAUCGUCUACGACAACUACAGUACCACUUACGACAACUACAGUAUCGCCUAUGACAACUACAGUAUCGCCUACGACAACUACAGUAUCGCUUACGACAAUUAAAGCAUCACCUAUGACAACUACAGCAUCGCCUACGACAACUACAGCAUCGCCUACGACAAUUAAAGCAUCACCUAUGACAACUACAGCAUCGCCUAUGACAACUACAGCAUCGUCUACGACAACUACAACAUCGCCUACCACUACAAUAUUACCUAUAACAACUACUGCAUUGCCCACAACGACUACAUUAUCCACAACGAUUAGUACGAUAUCAGCAACCACAGAACUGCCAAUCUUUAAUAUAGAAAUGGAAUUAGAGCAUUCGAGGAUGACAAAUAUUAAUAAUUUGCAUGACGACGACGAUAUUACUCCGACUUCAAUAUCUUUUACAUCUGCUUUGACGAGAUCUUGCGAGUCUAACGAAUGCUCCAGUGAACAAAGUUCGGAAGAAAUUAGCGAAAAAACGCAAGCUUCUACUCUCGAACCUACUCGAACAAUAUCUCCUGAGUCGUCAACGACUGAUCAGGACUUUGCCAUCACCGAGACGACAGUAAGUUCAACGACGGAAUUGAGCGAAACGCCAGUUACGAAACAAGGAUGCAGAUCCAAAAGUGAAAACAUCGAGAUGUCCUGUGAAACAAGCUGCGUCUCCGUGGAGGAUUGCGAUGGAGAGGACAGUGCUCUCAAAGACAUCUCUGAAAAAAUAGAGAAUCACACCUCCAAGUGUUCCAAAGUGCACUGUAAGGAGAGCUCUCCGGAAAUCUCUUCGGAAUGCGAAACGGAGACUGACAAGAGUUGCGAAUGCGUUUCCAAGGAAGAAAAAAGCGCAGAAUGUUUGACGUCAUGUGUCUCGGACGUGGAAAAUUCGUCAUGCGAAGAAAGGCAGAAUGAUUGCUCGAGAUGGGAAGUGCCGACGGUCAAUAUGAAUUUCGAGCACACUCGGACACGAGGUAUAUGCGAGAUUCGGGAUCCUUAUCAUCGACGCCAGAUGAAACGGUUAGCAAAGAUGCGAGCUAUCAGCGCCGCCGUUGCAACGUCGGACGCCAAUGUUCUCAGGUCAAAAGCAUCGCGACAUCGAAUCGCAAGCAAGAAGCUAUACAAUCUAUUAGCCAAACUAUCUGAUGCCAAGGAUGGAAGGUCCAGAAGGAUAACAGAAUACUUGUUGAAGAGACCUCUUAGUGGGCUGAACAGAAUUGAAGAUGCAAAUGCAAAACGUCGCAAGCAACAGGAACAAAUUUACAGAUUGAGAAGGAGGCUGGCAAGGAAACUCAACAGAAAAUUGACUGGAAGGACGUCGAUGCAUCGAUCGAUGAGUACACCGCUCCAUCAGAGUCAGAUCGAGAGGAUAUCCAGCAGAGUCGCAAAAUCGAUCAACGCGACAGCGCAUAAAAAACUGAUACAAGAUUGAAAUCUGUCGAUUUAAAAUUACGCAUUACUUUUACUAAUAAUAUUAUAUAUAGAGCAUAUUAUAUUAUUAUAUAAACCAUUGGUAUCGAGUGUAUAUUAUUACUAUUCGCCAUGUUGCGUUUAUCGAACUUUCCAUCCAAUUUAUUCGAUCAGAGAUGAAAAAUAUUAAGGAACGUAACGAGAUUCAUAUUCUUAAAGGAGUAAUUAUGUUCGAGACAAAAGCGUUUAUCAAUUUCGAUUAAACAAUUACUUAAUCUGAAUAUUUUAAUACUCGUCUAUAUAUAUUUAAAAUUUGAAAGCUAUUGCGAUAUUUUUGUGCACUUUACAAAAUUAUUUCUCCGACUCUUUCUAAAGGCCGUUUUCGACACUUCGGCACUGAUCAAUUAAUCUUAAUGAGGUUUUUAUCAGUGGUUCAGGCAACGAUCUAUGAUAUUAUGGACGGUCGAAACGUUUCUUCAUCAUCAAUCAUCAACAUCUUAAAUCAAUCGCUAGAAAUUUUGAUGAGUUUCGUAAAUAUGCUUAGUGUUUGAUAAAGAUAUAUUCAGCCAUUAAAGAUAACUUGGUAAUUGAAU